GAAAGACGCGAAUAAAUCGUUGUGCAAUAUAUCUAAUUGCGAAAGUGGAAAUUGCAUCCGAAACCCCACGAAGUCCUUACAUCUGGCGACGAGGAUGGCGGAAAACAUGAUCAGCGAGUCGCGAGCGAUUCCACCAUUUCGAUGUGAAGAAAUAGCCCGAAAUCAAUUAUCCAAAGAAUGGAAGAGUUGGAAAUCUUCACUGGAAGUAUAUUUCGAAGCGUUUGAUGUAGUUGACCAACGGAAGAUGAAAGCACUUCUUUUGCAUUUUGGUGGAAGACAGUUACAAAAAGUUUUCGGAAAUCUACCUGAUGUAGACAAAAUUCCUUUGGUUGCGACUAAGGUGAACUGGUACGAUUUGGCCAUUAGCAAGUUGGACGAUUAUUUCGAGCCUGGUAGGCAAUACAUCUUGGAACGCUGUCGACUGCGGAAGAUGAAACAGGCGAAAAACGAAAGAUUUUCACAUUUUAUGAUGCGCAUUCGUCAGCAGCUCGCUGAUUGUGGCUUGGAGAAAUUUUCCACGGAAGUAAGGGAAAUAUUGACCGAAAUAUUCCUUACAGAUGCUAUAGUCGAGGGAUGCGAAUCUGAAGAACUCAGACGUCGCAUUCUUCAAAAGGAUAGAUCGCUUGCCGAGCUGGAAGAGCUAGGUGCAAUGAUGGAGGGCGUAGAACAGCAAAUGAAGGACAUAAGCUCGUUGAAUCCAAAUGAAAGCAAUAUAGAAAAGGUUUUUAAAGUGGAAUCUAGAUUCGUAAGAAAAUCAACAACAUCAGGUCGUGCGCAGCGAAAACUGGAAAAGAAACCAUAUGAUGCACGGAAAAUGAGAUGCUUCAGUUGCGGAAUAGAUGGUCACAUUUCUUCAUCAUUGCAGUGUAAAGCUCGCGAUCAAAAGUGCAGAAAAUGUGACAAGAGGGGGCAUUUCGAGGCUGUGUGUGGAAAACGAUAUUUCAACAAGCGGGAUGUUAAUUUCAAACACCAAGAAGGAAAAAUUCGAUUGAUAACUGAAAUUAAAGACGAGUUUGAUGAUAAAGCAGAAGAAAUUGUUGCGGAAGACGCUGAGAAUGUUCCAGAGAAAAAGAGCAAAACAUAUUAUUGUUUUUACUCUGGAAACGAAACAAAUCUCAUUGAAUGCGUGGUAGGCGAUGUCCCUUUGAAGUUGCUGAUUGAUUCAGGCUCUGAUGCUAAUUUGAUACCGUUAAAAGUCUGGGAGGAAAUUCUCAGCAGGAGUAUAAAUGAAACGCGUGUUUACAGGUUGGAAACGAACAAAGGAUUGAAUUUUUAUUUGUCAGAAUGA